GUUAGCGAAGAAGGAAUCAUUGAGAGGGAUGAGGUUGUGUUCUCCUUUGCCCGGACAAGGCAAAUACCAAUCAUCAUGGUGACGUCAGGAGGAUAUCUCAAAAGCAAUGCACGGAUCAUUGCCAACUCCAUCAUCAACCUUGCGUCGAAGUCCUUGGUGUCUCUUAAAAUGCACUAAAAUGCAGUCAUCCUCACCUCAAAACAGAGCUCCUCGUAACCUGGUACAGGAAGCUGGUGCAAAUGGGUCUGUGGCGGACAUCAUACAGGCGAUUGACGGUGUUUUGACACCGAUUUUCGGCAUAAUGUUCUGCUUGGGAGUAGCACCUGGACGACCCAAAUUUUUACAUUUAUAAUGGGCCCCGUGGGGGGGAGAACAGGGUGGUCGAUUUUUGUUCUCGUUGUGGCAUACGAGAGACGUCCCAGCGGAAUUGCCCUCCUAGGCUCCUCUUCCAUUUUGCACACGCAAGUGAAGGGUCUCACUAUUGGGGUUUGGAUCGAAGCACAAAAGGGCUUCAGGAGAAUGAAGAGUGGAGGUGCAGCAGAAGCAGCGACGAGUCGACGGGGGGUGAAACACACGAGAAAAAUUUUGCUUGCAGAGGAGGGGAAAGACCGUUGGAACUACCCCAAUGAUUGGGAGUUUGAAGCAAAUUUUAGUUGGGAUGUAAUGCACGUAGCAACGGAAAGAGAUCAGGGUCUCUUCCCUUACUCCGUUUUGGACAAACUCAGCUUCAACUCGCUUUCGCUUUUGCACAAGCGAGUUGAAGGUCUUCAGAGAACAAAAUUGCAGAGCUGCA